AGCCCCGCGCGGCUGGGCCCGGGCGCAGAUGUUCCUGCAGCCCGUCUGGGACCGCCUGCGCACCCGGGAGGCCCUCACGCAGUCGCCCUUCUUCCCGGUCAUCUUCGCCAUCACCACCUACGUGAGCUUCUGCCUGCCCUUCGUGGUGCUGGACCUCCUGUGCCCCUGGGUGCCCGCGCUGCGGCGCUGCAAGAUCCAGCCCGACAGCGCGCCCUCGGCGGGGCAGCUGCUGUCCUGCCUGCGGCAGACGCUCUACCAGCACCUGGUGUUCGUGUUCCCGCUGACGCUGCUGCACUGGGCCCGCAGCCCGGCCCUCCCGCCCCCCGAGGCCCCCGCGCUGCCCCAGCUGCUGGCCCACGUCGUGCUGUGCCUGCUGCUCUUCGACGCCGAGUUCUUCGCCUGGCACGUGCUGCACCACCGGGUGCCCUGGCUGUACCGGACCUUCCACAAGGUGCACCACCAGAACGCGCCCUCGUUCGCGCUGGCCACGCAGUACGUGAGCUGCUGGGAGCUGUUCUCCCUGGGCUUCUUCGACAUGGUGAACGUCUGGCUGCUCCAGUGCCACCCGCUCACCGUCCUGGUCUUCCACACGCUCAACAUCUGGCUGUCGGUGGAGGACCACUCCGGCUACGACUUCCCCUGGUCCACGCACCGGCUGGUCCCCUUCGGCUGGUACGGCGGCGUGGUGCACCACGACCUGCAUCACUCUCACUUCAACUACAACUUCGCCCCCUACUUCACACACUGGGACAGACUCUGGGGGACUCUGCGGCCCCCUCGCGCCAGGUAGCCCGCACCCCUCCCGUGUCCGGGGUGGCUGCGGAGGGCAGGGGGUGCCCCUCGGAACCAGGACUGUUGGCGCGCUUUCACACUUGAAUCAGAAGAAACACGCCUGAGCUCUUUUAUUUUUAUAUUUUAGUAAGUAAUUUAUUACCUGCUGGAAAUUUCUAGAGACAAUCUGAUGUGGGUUUUUUUGCAAUCUGAUGAAGUAAUUUAUAUCAAUUUUUGUAUAUCAAUAAUUGUAUACUGGGUGUUGAAUUCUAGCUCACUUCAGUAGCCUUGAUUCCUGGAUCGAUUUAGACAAUUAUCACUGGCAUAUUUAAAUCAUUUCUAAAUGGAUCUGUUUGUAGGACAAAGAAUUUCCUAUGUUUGAAAGUGUCCUAGAAUGAGACUAAAAAACAUAUUUUUUAAAAUGCAGAAUCUGAUGUCUGAUGCUAUAAACAAUGCAACAUGUUCCUGCUGGACAGUAACUAAGAUGAUUGUACUUUUUUUCCUAUUUUUGUUCACAGAAUUUUAUAUUUAUAUGGAAAGAAAUGUUAUUUAUGCUUAAAAAAUAUAUAUGA